GGCCGGCGGCUGCUUUUGGGGCUCCUCCCCCUGGAGAGGGAGAGGAAGGCGGAAGCCGAUAGAAGCAGCAGGCGCUGAAGGAGGGAGGCGUUGUUGCGGCGGCCGGCCGGCCUCUUUUCCCCGCCUCCCUGGAGGAGAGGCGGGAUGGCCCCCGAGGGUUCCCUGGGCGCUUCCCCGGGGCGGGCUAGGGACACCACCUCGCCGCUUUUGACAGGAGGCGGCUCUUCUCCUCCCGCCUGCGCGGGUCACGUACUAAACGGAGCAACAGGAGGAGGAAGGGGAACGCGCCGGAGCCAACUUCCCUCUGGGCUGAGCGGCCGGCCCGGGGUGGAGGAGAAGACGCGGAGUCGGGCUCUUCUGCUUUUCCCUUCGGCUGACCGCUUUCUCUCUCUCCCUCCAGAGGAGACCCGGCCGUGGGUGCGCUAGUGCGCACAUCCUGUGUUGGGCUUGUGCGGUUUGGAAUGCUGUCUCCCUAAUUAAAUUGGUUUCCUUCCCCUCGAUGACUCAACAAUGGAUCCCAUAUCAUUCAAAGUCAAAAAUCCUCAAACGUCCAGUGAUGGCUCAGUGGACUUCAGUCUUCAGCUAGUAGGUUCUCUGCCUGUCCACACUCUGACCACUAUGGCUGUGCUCCCUUGGAUUGUGGCAGAGAUAAGGCAACUGAGCACAAAGUCUUCGAAGGGAGAAUCUGACACCAACCGAGUCCGGCUUUAUGUCUCACCGACCAGGUUGCGGUGCGAAACUGAUACAGGAGAAAGCCAGCCAUGGGAUCCUCUGAUUUGUUGCAGCUUGUUUGAGCACAGGCCGCAGCAUGUCCACAAGCUGAUUCACAACAGCCAAGACCCAAGCUAUUUUGCCUGCUUAAUAAAAAAUGGAGCAGUAAAUCAGCAAAGUACCUGUUAUGUAUUCAAAGCUGGUGAUCAAACAGAAGUGCCUGAGAUUAUAAACACCAUCAGACAGGCUGGGAAAAUUGCACGUCAAGAAGAGUUUCAGAAUAACCUUUCAGAUGUCGAAGACCCCUUUAGCAAAAAAUUCGAGGUGCUGUUCUGCGGCCGAAUGACUGUAGCUCACAAAAACGCACCCCCAGCACUCAUAGAUGAAUGUAUUGAAAAGUUCAAUGAUGUUAGUUAUACCAAAACCUUGGACUCGAGUUCCUUCUCCCAACAACAUGAAACUGCCAACAACUCUGGAGGAUUUUCCAUCAGUGAUAAAUUCCGAUCUGUCUUCCAACCCUCAGUAAAUGAAGAACAGGAGAAAAGGCCGAUGAGGAAAUCCUACUCGCAGCCAGGACUACGCUCAUGUUCUUUCAAGAAAGAUCUGGAAGCCAGGGGCCUGAGGAGUAACAGCUUUGCCAGGUCCUUUGAUGAAGAUAUUGCUUCUCUGAACUUAAGAAGUCGAUAUAUCCAUGGGCAAAAUGUGGUGCAGCCAACAGACAUUGCAGGGAACCGAAUUAUGCUGUUCACGAUUGGCCAGUCUGAAGUUUACAUUAUCAGUCCUGACACCAAAAAAGUGGCCAUUGAGAAAAGCUUUAAGGAAAUUUCCUUUUGCUCUCAGGGAAUUAGGCAUGUAGAUCACUUUGGAUUUAUCUGUAGAGAGGCUUCAGAGAAUGGUGGUUUCCAUUUUGUAUGCUAUGUGUUUCAGUGUACUGAUGAAGCUCUGGUUGAUGAAAUCAUGAUGACUUUAAAACAGGCUUUCACGGUGGCUGCUGUGCAACAAACCGCCAAAGCACAACUCCAGCUCUGUGAAGGAUGUCCCAUGCAGAGCCUGCACAAACUCUGUGAAAAGAUUGAAGGGCUCCAUCCUUCUAAAACUAAACUGGAACUUCAGAAACACUUAACAACACUGAAUAACGAAGAGCAGGUCUCUGUCUUUGAGGAAGUUCAGAAAAUAAGGCCGAGAAAUGAACAGAAGGAGAAUGAGGUAAUAAUUUCGGUGCUGAGAAACAUGUAUGAAGAAAAACAGAAGGAUCACAUUCACCUUAGUGAAACCAAGCAGCCUUCACAUUCCUCAUUAGAGGCCGUGGGAAACGAGAACUCAAGCAAUGCACCCCGGUUCAGACUAGAAAUGUUGAAGACCAAAGCUAAGAGGUCACUGACAGAGUCAUUGGAGAGCAUUUUGUCUCGUGGAAGUAAAGCCAAAAGUCAGCUAGAAAGUUCUGGAAGCACUGAUUUGGACAGUUCCCUGUCUAGCACUCUAAGUACUACAAGUAAAGAAACAUCCCUGUGUGAGAAAGAACUCCUCUCCCCAGAGUCCCCACUGAAGGCUACUGACUCUGUGAACAGUCUCUCCAGUGAACCCGAGAGCCCUCCCAUUGACCAGAUGGCAGGAGUGGCUUACCAGGGCUUUAGACGGCGAGCAAAUACACUGAGCCAUGUGCCAACCGAAAGCCAGGAGGCUUCAGAAUCUGCUGAAGCAUCGCCUUCUGUUCCCCAAAGGAAGCUUUUGAGGUAUCAUUCCGUGAGCACAGAGACUCCACACCAGCAAAACAGCUCCGAAACUUCUUCCGAUCAGUCUUCAGCUGCUGCUCCUCCUCCUCCUGCUGCAGCUCAUCUUAAUCCCUCGGUCUCUUCGCCCAAUUUCCUUAAGCAUUUUAGGCAUAAUUCCAGUGGAGAGCACAGCAGGCAAGCUAUGCCCAAGAGCACCUUCUACCGUUCUACUCUGCGGAAAAAGCUUCACUCUUCCUCUUCUGUGCCAAACUUCUUAAAAUUUCUGGCUCCUGUAGAUGAAAAUAACACCUCUGACUUUAGGAACACAAAAAGUGACUACAAGCCCAAACUUGAUGAAGCAGAGUCUGCCUAUGAAACCCCUGUGAGGACCCGCCGGCAUUCUUGGAGACAGCAGAUAUUUCUUCGAGUGGCAACACCACAGAAAGGAUGCGAUUCUCCCAGCUGGCAUGAUGAAUUCCCUGAGCUGGGAGAACUUCCCCCGAGGUCACCGCUGCAGCCCGUUUGUGAAGACGGCUCCUUUAGAACCAUAAAAGAAGAGAGGAGAAGGACCUCCAAGGAGCUGCGGGAGCUGUGGCAGAAAGCCAUCCUCCAGCAAAUAUUGCUGCUGAGGAUGGAAAAGGAAAACCAGAAGCUGCAAGCUUCUGAAAACAAUCUGCUAAACAAGCGCCUGAAGCUCGACUAUGAAGAAAUCACCCCGUGCCUCAAAGAAGUAACCUUGGUCUGGGAAAAAAUGUUGAGCGUGCCAGGAAGAUCAAAGACAAAGUUCGACAUGGAAAAGAUACACUCUGCUAUUGGGAAAGGAGUUCCUCGGCAUCACCGGGGUGAGAUCUGGAAGUUCUUGGCCGAGCAGUACCAGCUGAAGCAUCAGUUUGCAAACAAGCAGCAACCUAAGGACACCCCUUACAAAGAGCUCCUGAAACAGUUAACCUCCCAGCAGCAUGCCAUACUGAUUGACCUAGGGCGCACCUUUCCAACCCACCCGUAUUUCUCAGCCCAGCUUGGAGCAGGGCAGCUGUCGCUCUAUAAUAUCCUGAAGGCCUAUUCCCUCCUGGAUCCGGAAGUGGGCUAUUGCCAGGGCCUGAGCUUUGUAGCCGGGGUGCUCUUGCUUCAUAUGACUGAAGAAGAGGCUUUCAAGAUGCUGAAGUUCCUCAUGUUUGACAUGGGCCUUAGGAAACAAUAUCGGCCCGACAUGACCAUCUUACAGAUCCAGAUGUAUCAGCUUUCUCGACUCCUUCAUGAUUACCACAGAGAACUCUACAAUCAUUUUGAAGCACAUGAAAUUGGACCUAGCCUAUACGCUGCCCCUUGGUUUCUUACAAUGUUUGCUUCUCAGUUCCCCCUGGGAUUUGUGGCCAGAGUAUUUGACAUGCUGUUUCUCCAAGGUUCAGAAGUUAUAUUUAAAGUGGCCUUGAGCCUGCUGGGAAGCCAUAAGCCCUUGAUCCUGCAGCAUGAAAGCUUGGAAACAAUCGUCGAUUUCAUUAAAUGUACUCUUCCAAACCUGGGCUUGGUACAGAUGGAAAAGACCAUUAACCAGGUAUUUGAGAUGGAUAUCUCCAAACAGCUGCAAGCAUAUGAAGUUGAAUAUCACGUACUUCAGGAUGAACUGAUAGAUUCAUCCCUCAAUGACAAUCAGAGGAUGGAUAAAUUAGAAAAAGCAAACAGUAGUUUACGUAAACAAAACUUCGAUCUCCUUGAAGAGCUGCAGGUGGCCAAUGGAAAAAUACAAAACCUACAGGUCAUGGUUGAUAGUCUGUUGAACAGUGAAAGCAAACUGAAGCAGACGGUUCUUGCUCUAGAGCUAGAGAGGAAGGCCUUGCUGGAGAUAGUGGAAGAGCUGCGCGCACAUUCGGCAAGGCCCAUCGGAAACCCUCUGCUUACCAGGCAGGAGCACAUGGACACUGCUAUCUGAUAGCAGAAAGAAAGAUUUACAGGGAUAAAAGAAGGGAAGAACUGUUCUCUGAAAUGCAGUCAGAAUCUUUCCCAUCCUCCUUCACAUUGUCCAUGCCUUAAUUUUGGUUGAGUGAAACAAACAAAAAAAUUGCACAGAAGAGAAGUGUGUUACGGAUGGAGGAGACCACGCUUGUUCAUUUUCUAAAAUUGUUUUGAAUGACACAAGUAUAUGCAACAUAACAAGCAGAAGAGCCUUGGUCCGGUCUGGUGGUCAUUUUACUUUCGACUGCCACUCCUGCAUGGGUGAACGUGUGCAAUCCAAGACUCCCUCAGUAAGCGCUUCUCUACCCAAGGGCUCCAUAUUGCUUUAACAUAACAUCUUUAGGAAACUCCCCUUUCCAAGGUCGUAUUCUGCGAAAGUGCUGGAGAAAGACUAAAGUCGGAGCUCCUGAAUGGAUUCUUGCCUCUGUUUAGAGGUUUAUGAUUUAUUCAUCUGCAAUUGGACGUAGUACCUUUCUGUCUUUUGUUUUGCCUGAACUUGAAACAGGUUCCACCAUUUGCAGUAGAUUUUAAACACUCCCGAGUUGUCAAGAAGGUGCCACGAUAGGGAGCCAGGGGAAGCUGAAUUUUGCCAUGUGAUAUUUUUGAGUUAUCUGUUGUUAUAAAUGUGGUUAUUUUAAUCAUGCUUUUUGUUUUCCUUUUAAUAUUCAGUGUUACAGUGUGUGCUUUAUUCAUAUUCGGGACAGUCUUUUUUCUUUCCCUUUCCAAGUGUAAAAUGUUGACGAAGCCUGAAACUCUCACGCCAUUAUGGUGGAUCAUGCCUUAAAAUUUCCUAUUUAUUUUAAACCAUUGUGUUUGUACUACUUGUUUCUCAAGUGGGAAACUACAUAGCUUUCAUUUUUAAUCUCACUAAUAUUUUGGGCACCAUCCACCUCAGAAGAAAUUGUAUUCUUUAACUAUUACUUUCUGCUGUUGUGGAGGCACUUCCAAAUGUUGGGUGUAUUUUAGAUGUAGCUAAGCAAUUUUUUUCACAAAACAGUUGACUGGUGAUUGAACUAGGAACAUAAGCUUUCUCGAACAUGUAACUUUUGGACAAAGUUAUGUUCUUAAAAAGAUCUUUGUUGCCUUUAAUUUAAAGAAAGUAUUUUUUAGAACGAAAAGCCCUUCUAUUACAACUAGACAUGCCAUUGUAUCCAAAAACAUGCCAUUCAAUAUUUACUGUCAAGAAGAAGGAUCAAUUGGUAGCACAAAUGUUAUGGGAGAUUUAUGGGAUUUUACCUGAACUGUUUAUAUUCCAUUAGUGCUUAUAUGUGUUUCAAUUCAGGUUUGAUGACAAUAGUUGAAUUGAUUACAAAUCUCUUCAGUAAAUUGGCUGAUUUCGCAUAUAGACACAUAUUGAGGGUGCAGUCUCCACCCACUGAUAUUAAUUGGGAUUUUACUAUUGAGUUUCAGGUGCAUGCAGGCUGCACAGGCUGAGCAUAUAUGCAUUGCAAGCUUAAAUUGAUUCGAUUUGAUCAUUAAUCCUUCUUUUCUGGGAACCCUGGGAAUGGAAAUUCUCCAAGAGGGUAGGGAACAUGAGAUAAUUUUUAGCACCCUGACCAAAACUAGUUUCCAAGAUUCUCCACGACUCUUAACUUGGCAUUAAACAAAUAUAUGUUGUAGUGUAGAUGUGUUCCUAAUUGUUGUUGUUGUGUUAUGAAGAGAACAAAUUGCUCCUUAAUUUCUAAGACCUUAGACUGGACUCCGUGACCAUCACAUUUUGUCCUGCACAGGGCCAAGGUCUGGAAGUCAAGACCGGAGCUGGAUCUAACAGUGCUGCGUAGAUAUUGUUCCAGCAAAGGCCUUGGUUGAACUGAGGCCUUAAAUGCUACUGCAAGGGGGUGGGGGGGGGGUGGAGAUAUAGGCCCCUACCCUCCAGGAGUUGGCUGCUGGUAUCAAAGGUGCCGUGCCUGAUUCCACAGAAAUGGGGCUGAGGUGGUUCAGGUUCGGAGUCUGAAGGGCAGGGCUGUUUCUGUCGGGGAGCAGGCUGCCUCAGACUCUUGGGGCUCUUCCUGCACCUUAGGGGGCUCCUGGAGGUGUGCCAGCUGCCUCACUCUGGUGCUGCUGAGUGCCCAGUUCCCUCCUUUUCUGAGUCUUCAGCCUCCUCAUCUGAGAAGGAAGUCCGCAUGCUGGUUCACGGCACAUUUGUUCUCACAGACCCACCGUCUGAUUUUUGUAUCCUUAACCAUCCAUAAUGACAAUUCAUUAACCACUUAAUACGAUCGCUCCAUUGUGGGUUUCUUCCCAAGUUUGAUUAUGUUUGCUGUUUUGUGUGCCCACUGAUGUUGUGUUUGAACAGAGGCAAUAACUGAUAUAUUGGCUUUUUAAACACUAAACCAAACAGCAAUAAUAAAAAAAAGAUAACGAACCCUG